CGUUAACGGUACUAAGUUCGCACUGUACAACCCAGUCUCGGACGUCAGACAAGUGGUAGCCUACGAGUCAACUUUUUAUAGUCAGACUUGUACUAAUUCCUGACAGGUUUGCGCAUCGUUCUCGUCGUCAAUUGACAAUAUCUAUAGAUUCACAGCGGUAGAACUUUUUGCACUCAGGAAAUGGCUCAAUUCACGACAAAAACCGUUACUUAUCCGCUAGCAAAAUAUUCGCGGUCAUAUCCUACGAGCUCACCAUCCACUCAGAACCUUGUUUCAGAUGCAGAAUGGCAACAUUUCGUCCACCCCAUUAUUAACCUCUACUUGGACGCGAAGACUUCUUCUGCGGGAAAGCUUGUCUCUGUUCGACUUCGAACUAUAUGGAACUUUGAUAGCAGCACUAAUAGCACGGAGGUCGAUCAAAGAGAGAUUACCCUCGAGGAUCUUGAUUUACUCUCUUUCUCGUCGAUCCCAAACUCGAGGGCGAAUUCUGGGCAACCUGACCAUGGUCUUCCUCUCAGAGCUGCCUAUCGGGAUACUGUCGUUGGCAUUCGGUAUUUGCACCCGAGAAUAACAGACUCGACUUGUCAACCAGUAUACCGGCGCUUUCAGAUCACAUUUACCACUGCAACGAGUGCAGCUCAGCUUAUCGAUGCCAUCCGACCUGUCUGUCCUUGUAGAUUGAAUCCACAACCGCAGCCUCUGGUCACUCGCGUCCCCCCUGUAGCUACGACAGGCCUCAUCGACGACGUUCCCCGUCAAGGUACUAUACUCACAGCUGUUUCACAAGCUCUGCCAUCGUUGGGCGGAACUCCAUCCAGACUUGCGCCGACUACACUUCUUUCAGAAAAUCCAUCGUCCGAAUCCAAUUUACCGGCAUUCGCACCAUCGACGCCAGUUAGGUUUACUCCUGUGGCUUUGAGCAGCAAUUCUACGAAAACGACAUCCACCAGCCAAUGCCAAGCACCGUCUGGUUCCAUCCACUCUACCAAAGGCUCUGUACCUGAUUCUUCCCAACCAUCCUCGUCUACUCUCAGUAGUUCAAACACGAUGCCCCCGCCUCCACUGCCCUCGAGCGUCACACGAUCUCUUCAAUCGGAAAGUCGACCAUCAGAAGUUCGUAAUUCAACUCGAGCCCAGCUUGUUGCAUCACUGCAUGACACUCCGGCCUUUCACAAGUUAUCUCAUACAGAGCUAGAAUCUAUCGUAGCGCAAGUCAUCAGAGAGGAAGGUUUUGCCCAACUGCUAAUUGGAUCCCCCCGGCUUGCUUCCUUGGACACCAUGUGGAGAGUGAAGGGCUUUUUUGGUCAAUAA